AUGGAUGGUAGACGAACGUUAUCACUAAUUGCUCAAGAAUCUGGCGAUCGUCGGCCAAGUAAAAUAGGUAAUACAAUAGCAUCAAUCGAUGAUGGCAGUUCAUCGGAAGUCAGUGGAGCAGAUGGGUUAACGGACACUGGUUUACCACGGCGUCGUUCAGGUCGUGUUAAUGCUCUUCGAUUUUUACCUGAUAAUAUGCUCGUCUUAGUAUUUUCUUAUAUAACACCUCUUGAUCUCAUACAUUGUACACAUGUGUGUCAACGGUGGCAUACGCUUAUUUCCCGCCAUAACUAUUUAUGGCGACGUCUUUUCCUACGUCCCGAAUGUAGUAGUGGUCAAAUUGGUGCUGUUCAUGUUCGCCGUUUAGAUGCAUUUCUUCAUGCCAUUGCGACACGUUUCAGUACGUCGCUUAGUUAUAUUGAUUUGCCUAUUGAAUUAAUAACUGUUGAAGUUCUACGUGAAUUAGCUAUACGUUGUCCAAAUUUACAAUAUUUAACGCUUGAUUUUUCAUCAGCUAUGCAAUUACAUGAUUUCAGUGAUUUAAGUGAAUUUCCAUGUAACCUUAAACGACUCUGUAUUUGUUUGUCCGAAGUCAUUUUUCUCGAAGGUUUCAUGCGACGUAUCUAUGGUUUCCUAUCGUCAAUACGUACUUUACAUAUCUUUGGUACACUCGAAAAAUCAUCAUUAACAUCAACAGCAGCACCCGAAGAAACCGAUGAUUAUGAAACAAUAAAUAUUAGUAAAAUUAAAACCCAUGCGCCUAAUUUACAUACAAUUAAUUUAUAUGGAGUAUCUUUUAUUGAUGAUAGUCACAUAGAAGCUAUUGCAUCCGGUUGUAUACAUCUUCAAUGUCUUGCUUUAAAUUUUUGUGUGCGAGUCAAAGGUAAAAGUUUCAAAAAUUUAAUGAAUCGAUGUCGAAAACUGACAUGUUUAUUAUUACAAAAUACGGGUAUACAAGAUGAGCCUAUGCUUGCUGUAAAUUGGUCAACAACUCAACUGUCUGAAUUAGACAUUUCAUCAACAGAUUUAAGUGAAGCAACUCUUUUAGAAUUUUUUACUGUCGCACCGAAACUUACAUAUUUAGCUGUUCCUUUUUGUGAUGGCUUCACAGACACGGUCUUAAAUUUGUUAUUGGAUCGAGGAAAAUUAAAUUCAUGUCGAGCACUUGAUAUAAGCAAUACAGUUAAUCUUAAUGUUGAUGCUGUUCAUCGAUUAUUAACAUCAUUCACUAAUAUAUCUUAUCGAAUUGAAGCAUUAAGUUAUACUGGCCAUGUAGACAUAACAGAACAAUUCUGGAUAAAUGCAAUUCGAUUUCUUCAUCAUAUCAAGAUACUUGUCAUUGGUACUGCACACAGUUGGUUUAAACAAGCAACACGACGUAUUCAUGUUGAUCAAAUACUUGAAGCGUGUGCAGUUCAUUGUCCACAUUUGAAACGUCUCGAAAUACAAUGGGAUCCCGAAACGCUUCGAUUCGGUGACAAUUCAUCGAAGUUUAUUGAUCAUCUCAGAAUACGAUGCACAAAUCUAUCGUCAUUUGUUCUUUCGGAUGGACCGUAUUAUGAAGGAGCAAAAGCAAAUUUUGAACGAGCAGAACGGCACUGUAUCGUGCGAACGACAACUAUGUAUCAAACAAGUAUUGUCAGUAAUCUUAAUUUUUAUGAUGAGUUGAAAUUUAAUUAA